AUGCUAGCCCCGACCAAGAAGCAGAGAGUCACUGGUCCUAGCCCGGCAGCUAACAAGAGGAGAGUCGUUGGAGAGAUAUUGAGGAAGGAUGUUGGCGAGGCUGAGGUCAGCACUGAGGUAUGCGAGCUGGAAGUGGUCGACGUGAUGCGUUUCUACUUCGACGAUGCUGAGGAAGGCAUCCCUCCUGCCUACGCGCAUCAAUCAUUCGAUGAGACGGAGUCGUUCGUAUGGUUGAAGACCCUCACUCCUUUCGUUAUCCGUAUUGACGUCGACACUCGCGAUGUCAGCGUCGGGAUAAGAUUCGAACAUCCUAAGUUGCCAAACGAUAAGCUCAUGAAGGCUGCCUACAAGCGUCAUUGUGAUACUAUCCUUGCACGCAUGCACACGGCGCGCUUCUCUCCUUUGUCACUGAAGCCUUUCUACGGUGGGUGUGAGGCCUUCCAACUGGGCAUCAAUGGCAGAGAUAGUGGCUUGCUGAAGAAGCUCAAGGACAGCUCCUUGUGUUCAGCAAUGCUCGACCCUGCCAUACCAUCAUUCCUCGAACUCAUAACCUUACCGGACUCUCUAUAUGGUUUCUGGCGACGAGUAGAAUGGCUCAUGCUCUGGUUCAUUGACGCCAGCGGUACUGUCGACUUGCCUCCCUGCACAGAAGCUGGUGGAGGCCAGGAGCAACAGCAAUCGGGAUGCAUUAUCGGCGGCAGAUGGACGUUGUAUCUCCUGCGCGAUGUUACAACGCAACAAAUGAAGAGCUGUGCUUCUGUCUACAGCUUCCCUUCCCUUGUUGGGGACGGUAAGAGGCGUAUAAGGGUAGCCCAGUUCCUCACUAUACCGAGUCAACAGAAAAAGGGAUAUGGAGGUAUGCUCUACCAUCACAUAGCCGCAGCAGCUAUUUCGGCCAAUGAUAUAGAUGAGAUCACAUUUGAGGAUCCCAGCCCGGGCAUGCAAAGCCUCAGGGAGGUAGUCACUCUAGCAUUGUGCUUCAAGGUCUUCCCCGACCCUCUACCUGAGGACCAACGUCGGGACCCUACAGUCAUUGCAGCGGCCCUCAAGAUCCCCGUCAGCUUCGCUAGGCGAAUAGCUGAGCUCGAAUGGUUCGCUUCCAAUCACUACCCGCCGGCGUGCUCGCCCAGCAUUGAUCAUCUGUCCAGGAAGGAAUCAAAGGCUCUCGCUGCCGAACGAUUGGCAUACAAGCAAAGGCAGAGGAAAUACUGUACACCCGACGAUCCUGACUUCCCAGAGGACUUCAUAGAGCUCGAAACGAGCCAGCAGAAGGCAGUAGUGAAGGGCCUCCUCCAGGCUCGAUGGGUCAACUACAUCAGUAACAUGGUGCAUUCGGUAGCCGAGGCUAGACGACUGUGGAAGCUCUCAUCGAGCACGGGGGCGACGGUGUCGUCGUCCUGCACAAGGCUUGUUGUACGAACGCCCACUGCACGUUAUGCAUGUCGAUGGCUGCAUACCGAGGCAGCUGUAAUGAAAGACAGGACCACGACAACGUUGGCACCGACGAGGUUCACAGACCUUAAUUUGACGAGCAAUACCGCUAGGGGUAUUGCAGAGGUGAUGAAACUAGACACUCUCACAGCAACUCAGAGACGGUCAUUGCCGAAGCUUAUGAUGGAUGACUGCGACGUGCUCAUAAAGGCAAGGACUGGUACAGGGAAGACCUUGACCUUCCUCCUGCCCAUCGUAGAGGCAAUAGUGAACACACCUAACUGGAAGUCACAUGGAGGGGUCUCGGCCUUGAUAUUGUGCCCAACACGAGAGUUAGGGCUGCAGACAUGUACAGAGUUGGAUCGGCUAUUGGUUCAUCACGAUAGGGAGUUGUCGGCAGUAGCACUGGUUGGGGGAGUACCGAGACGGCACGACCUUGAGACGCUUCGAAAGCGACGACCUAAGAUAAUCGUCGGUACGCCGGGUAGGAUAGGGGACCAUAUAGAAGGUACUUUCAUGUUCCAUACACUUUUCGAGAAGCUUGAGUGGCUGGUCCUGGACGAAGCGGAUCGUCUCCUCGAGCUCAGUUUCGCCGACACAUUGGACAUUGUGGAUGGGGUGAUGCCUCGGAGCCGUCGGACAAUCCUAUGCUCGGCUACCAUACCGGAAGUCCUUCUUGGGAAGGCUCAGAGUUGGUGCCAUCGAGGGUACGCCUUUGUGGACUGUAUAGGUGACGCCUCCUCUUCACACGGCCAGGCAGACACCAUGGAAGUGGUGGCCACUCCCGAGUCGAUGAACGAUAAACAGUUCUACGUUACCUGCCCGGCUCACAGGAUCGUCACAGCUCUCCAUAACAUUCUUCAGGAUGAGAUCACGAAGGCUCCCUAUGACCAUAAGAUAAUGGUCUUCUUCCCUACUGCACGCAUGACCGCAUUCUUCUCGACCCUAUUCAACCGUCAAUUCCGCAUGCCGGUCAUUGAGAUGCACAAGAAAAGGAAUCAAAACGAGCGGACCCUGGCAUCGGCCCAGUUCCAGACCUCUGAGUCGGCCAUUAUGUUCACUAGUGAUGUUUCUAGUCGGGGCAUGGACUACUCGGACGUCUCUUCUGUUAUACAGGUCAUGGCUCCAAGUCAUGUAGACUCCUAUGUGCACCGAGUCGGCCGUACUGCUCGGGCUGGGAAGGAGGGCAUGGCAGUCCUCCUAUUACCAGAAGAAGAGAGCAGUUUUGUAUCCGACCUCACUCGCCACUCCAUCCCGCUCAAGCCCCUACCUCGAGCCCUACAGGAUCCCCAAUGGCUCCUCAACACCAACGAUCUAACUGCAACCGCAUUGUCUGGCGGAUGGGCAUCGAGUAACGCGUCGAUGCUGCAUCAGGCGGAGACUAUGUUCAGCUCGCUCUUGGCCCAUCUCAAGUCCAGCAGGGCGAAGUUGCGCAAUAGCCAGAUAAUUGCUAUCGCCAGCGGCGUACUUCGUUCUACUGGUAUGAGCGCGGUGCCUGGCGUUCCUGAAGAUCUGGCGCAGAAGUUGGGCAUGCUCGACGAACCAGAUCUGCGCAUCCUCAAAGGUUUCGACAGCUUUGGAGAGUCUGAGGCGGUCCAUCAGUCGCUCAAGUCUAGCAAGUCAGGAGGAAAUGGUAGCAAAUUCACACGUGUCCGAAAGAAAUGA